AUGUCCACCGGCACAUCAUCCUCCACACCGUCAACUCCAAGCUCAACCUUUACCAUCCUCUACACCACCCACCUCACCCGCAAGCGCAAGGUCUUCCAUGACGGCACCCUUGCCGUCCGCCCGGACACCUCCAAAAUGACCCUCAAGGACGAACAGGGCAAGGUGCUGGAGACGUUCUUCAUCCCUACGGGCGUCAUUGUCCAGCCGGGCGCCGAGAUCCGCAUGCAGAAGCACAUUGUUCAAGUCGAAGAUCUCGUCCGCCCUCACGGCGCGGCUCCUCCGCCUCCGCUGGCAAAGACAGCCCCAGCGGCGACAGAGUCGGGGAGGGCAAGCCCGGUGCUUUCCGCCCAGCCGCGGCGACGCUCACGCCUCGCUCGCCCACGCGCCUCACUCCACGCCGCGGCUCCCGCUCCCGUCGACCACAGUGGUGGGGCCGGCCGACAGAGCCCGGUCUCGGGAGCAGGGCCCGGCUCACCGCCGGGAUCACCGAGAUUGCUGGCGCCUCGGUCGCGGUCGAGGAACGAGCUGCUCUCACUGCUCUCGGGCGUGCCAUCGCCGUCGCCAGGCCCUGCCGUUGCGGCUGUGGCUUCCGCGACAGGUGCGUCGACAACGCCCAGUCCUGCCGAUCGACCAGCACCGGCUCCUGAUCACACGCUUGCGCGUCCAUUCAAGCGCCAUCGCCCGCUGGUGUCGGCCACGGGGCGGGCGGCGAGUGGCGCGAGGAGCGCGCCGGCGGGCGGCGAGUGGAUCUCGCGCCGGAAGCGCGCCGCGGUCUCGGCGGCGUGCAAGCUAACCAUCCCGCACGCAUCUCAGGUGGGCUGCGGAAGCGGGGGCGGGUCCGGGAGCUCAUCGGGCGGGCAGGGGGGCGACGGGGCGGGCUCGGUGCGGUACACCGAGGUGGCAACCACCUUUAACUUGCCCGCCGACUACAUCGCAGCCUUUCAGGCCGCCAUCUACGAGGAGAUCAACGCACAGCUCGCCCGCAAGAUGGAGGACUACCACGGGCUCUCGAGGCGGAUUGGAAGCUACCCACCGGCCAUCACGGCCAAGACGGCCCAAGUUUCUGGAGCCGGCAAGGGUGCGCAGCCAAAGGCGCCACUGUGCGAUUGCGCACCGGCGCGCAAGUCGCGCAUGCUCGUCGUUCGCAAGGCCGGGCGCAACCAGGGCCGGGCGUUCUUCAAGUGCGCCGGCUCAAAGUGCGACUUUUUUGCAUGGGUCGACGCCCUGCGGCCAGGCGGGGGCAGCUCCGGCGGGUACGAUGCGAGCUCCGACGGGAGUGGCCAAGGGCCGCGUGGAAGCGACGCGUUUGCGGCGGCGCGGACUUGCACGCGCGCCCGCGAGCGAGUCCUUCGCAGCAACGAUGUGGCGUUCUACGGCUCAACGUCGCUGGUCAAAGAGGCCGGCGUCUCGCUCGGGCGCGCGUUUGUGGCUGGCUCGGCGUACCUUUUGCUCGAGCAGGCCGAGGCUGCGGCGGCGUUCUCCAAGGGCGAUGUGUGGCUCAUCUCGCGGUCGGGCGAGUUCCCGCCGGACGGCACCUACUUUGGUGUCUCCACCUUUUACUCGCCGUCGUCCGAGUCGCAGCUCGAGCUCCGGUUCGAGGGCUCGCAGCCACCGUUUGUUGGCCGCUCGCGGGUCUACGCCAUCCGCGGGCCCAACGCUCAAUCGCUCUGGUCGAUGCUCGAGGUGCUUGCGCAGCCCAAGUUGCGACACAUGCCGAUUUUGCCGGCCUUGCUGCAGCCUGCAGAGGCGCCUGCGCCUCCUGCGACGGCGGUAUCGCGUGGCGGCGAUAGCCUGUUUGUCCUCAAGCUCGAGCCGAGCGAGAUCGCAGCGCUCAUGCGCCGUUACGUCGAUGAGUACUCACUCAACGCCGGCCAGGUCCAGGUCUUUGAGGCGGUGUUGGGAAUGUUCGAGGCUGAGGAUGACGAUGGGGUGCGAAGCGCGGCGCUGCCCGGCCGGGCGGCGACAGGCUGUAGCCUGGUCCUCGUGCACGGAGUCUUUGGCUCGGGCAAGUCGUUUACGCUCUCGGUCCUCAUCAUGUUUCUGGUGGAGCUCUUCGAGGCCGCACAAGUCUCACGCAAGCUUCGCAUCCUCAUCUCGGCGGCGACCAACGUGGCGGUCGACCGUGUGCUGGUGACGCUUCUGGAGCUCGGCUUUGAGUCGUUCUCGCGAGUCGGCUCUGUCCGCAAAAUCGCCAAGCCCAUCCUCCCGCACGUGUACCGGCUCAAGGCUGGCGCGUCGGCACGGUCGGACGCCGAAUACGAGGCCGAUCUCAAGUACAUGCUGAAGACGGCCGAGAGCGGCGCCGAGCGGGCCCUCAUUGCCGAUGCGCUGGCGCAGUUCAAGUCGGGCGCGUCGUCGCGGGUGGCGGCCAAGCUCAAAACGGCGCCGGUCUUUGGCACGACCUGCCUGUCGGCGUUCAAGAAGGAGUUUGACGGCACGAUGUUCCCGCUCAUCUUUCUGGACGAGGCCUCACAGAUGCUCGAGCCGAUGUCGCUGCUGCCGCUGUUCCGGGCACAGGGCGCCAAGCUGGUGUUGGUGGGCGAUCCGAAGCAGCUGCCGCCGACGCUGACGACCGAGGCCGCGUCGCCGGCGGCGCCCGGUCUCGGCCGCUCGCUCUUUGAUCGGGCAGUUGCUGCCGGCGUCACUCCGGUCAUGCUCAACACACAGUACCGAUGCCAUCCGACCAUUUCACGGAUCUGCAACACUCUGUUCUACGGCUCGAGCCUUGCCGACGGCGUUACCGCUGACGACCGCGCCCGCCUCCACCCUGCACUCCCGACGCUCAUGUUUGUUGAUGUCUUUCGCGGGCGCGACCGGCUAGAGGGCAAGUCGUUCUCCAACAGCGAGGAGGUUGCUGUUGUCCUUGCCACCGUCCGUGAUCUGGUGAGCGAGUUUGGCGUAGCGGCGGCAGACAUUGGUGUCAUCGCGCUGUACCGCGUCCAGGUCGAGCGGCUGAAGGCGGCGGCCAAGGCCGACGAGGCCGGUGCGUUCAGCGAGCUCCAGAUCUCAUCGGUCGACGCCUUCCAGGGUGCCGAGAAGCAGGUCAUUGUGCUCUCGACCGUCUCGUCGUCGAUGCGCUCAUUCAUCGAGUCGCCCAACAGGCUCAACGUCGCGCUCUCGCGCGCCCGCCACCACCUUAUUGUUGUCGGCAAUGGCGCCGCCCUCGCCCGCUCUUCGCUGUGGAACUACGUCCAGCAAGUGGCCAUGGACUCUGACGCCGGCUUUGUCCGUGUUGGCGCUGUGGACACCUUUUCGCUGGCCCGUCACCUCAACGUGGCUGCUACCGGCGGCGAGUAAAAGCUGCUCGUCAG